UUACUUGCAAUAUAUAUAUAUUUUAAGUGAAAACGAAAAUGUUAUACCAGUACACAAACUGGUUUUCUGGUGACUCUGAAUACUAGACUUUAAAUUCAAGGGAAAAAAGAGAUAAUUGGGUGGGGAAGUCUGCGGUCACACAAGUUCCUUCCAAACCAUGCAGAAGUGCCCUUACAAAACUAUGUCUUGUUUCUGGGGAAAUGGAUCCUUCCUUUAUCUGACGUCAAGUGACUGAACUAUUGUUGUCCUCACAAAGACUCUUGGCUAGAAUUUCCAUUUGCCUUUCUAUUUAUUUAGUAAAAGGUGUUUGUGACGAUUCACUUUCAGAGAAAGAAGAAAAAGAGAGGAGGGAAUCCACGUCUUUAAGAGGCUAAGAGACAAAGUAUUGAAAUGGCCUGGAAAGGGUUCAGAAUUAACGCCAGCAAUGUUCACCUGGGGCCCAACUGGAAAGAAACAAAAGAAAAAUCAAUGUGCAGUCAAAGAACGGCCUCGUCUUUCUAGGCAGUGACCCUCUAGAAGAGCUCCAAGGAAGCUGUUCCUUAGCAACAGCCCUAAGGAACUGUCCCGAAACUGUCCCAAACCCUGAUGGUCAGCUCCAGCUUCUGCCUGGAAGUCAGACCGACUGCCGACGCCUCCUACCAGGGAAAUGCACGUGGCGGUGGUGGCAGCAGACGUGGUACUGCUCCUGAGCAUGGGGUGGACUUCAGACUCCCUCUGCUCGCCCACUGUUUUUUACAGAGACUGCUGGAUCCGUCGCUUCCCGGGUCUUCUCAUCAACCUGGAGGAGUCUCAGAAGAUGGGAGCCCAGUUCCUGAGGUAUUAUUCCGAGAGCACAGGCCAGAAAUGCAGUAGGAGCUGCUGUCUUAGGAGGGAUGUUGCGUGUAACUUGGCUGUCUUCUACCAUGAUCCUAUGCACGACAAUGUCAACUGCCUCCACAUUCACUGCCCAGCGCUGGAAAGCUGCAUAUUGGAGCCCGGAACCGGUGCCAUUUUGUACAACAUAACAGACGGUAUAGAUCCAGAUUUGCUGGUUUUUGGACAAUCACCUCCACCGUAUCUAAAUACCCGUUCUUCAUCUAAUAGAUGGGACAGACUAAGAAAUCUAAAAGCUAUGAAUUUAGAUAAACAACCAACCACCAUGAUAAGCCAAAUGCUACCAUCACUAGAGGCUCCAUCAUCAACCACACAUCAAGAUUUGGUUGUAAACGCAAGCCAUACCAGGUAUUCCAAGGAAUUAACCACAGAUUCUUGGGCAAGAUUCACCUCCCUGAAUGAUUCCAUUGCCACCACGGUAAAUAAGGUGUCACCCAGUGCUGAUUUCAUCAGCAAUCCAGAUAACAAGACUCUUUCUCCUUUCUUUGUGCCCAUAGACACAGAACUUUCUCAUAUGCCCAUUCCAUCCCGACUCAACAGCAGCAAACAGUUACCGAACAAAACCAAAGGGUACAGCAGCAGAAACCACACAUCUGAGAACGAAGGCAAAACACCGGACGGGGCACAUGUGACUCCGAAGACGUGGCUGGUUCCCGUGGCCCUCUGUACCUCUGUCCUCUUACUUUGCUGCUGUAUAGUCAUCCUGGCAUCUGGAUGCUGUCGAAAGAAGCGGGGCCAGUAUAAACCAGGACAGGGAAGGUCAGGAUCCAGGCGAACGAAAAAACGUAACAUUCUGAAGGAGAACUCUUAAUAGUGAAAGUUGUAAGAGUUACGAUUUUUAGUUUUCUGCAAGACCAGGGCAGUUUGGUUAAAAAAUAAUUGCAUAGGAUGCCCUCUCCUACCAGUGUCUAAAAAAGGCUAAUGCUUGAUAAGCAUAACUGCUUUUUUAUUGUUUCCGUUUUUUCUGAAUAGUGUCCUCUCUGCCAAAGUUCCGAAGUCCUGACCUCUGCCGUUAUUAGCAUCCUGAGAGAUGGUUCUAAGUGCUGUACAUGUAUAAACUCACUGGAUCCUCACAGUUCUGUGAGUGAGGCACACCAUUAUUAUCCACUAUACUACUGUUAUCCAAUUACACAGAUGAGGGAACUGAGAAGAGAGACCAAGUAUCUUGCCUAAAGUCACACAGCUAGUAAGUAGUGAAGCCAGGACUUAAUCUGUUUGAAAGUCCAUGCUCAGCAUCACUGUUAGACUAAAAGCUUCCGUUUUUCUAAUAAGCAUGGGAAAAGACAGGGAGGAAAAUGCUGUAACAUCUUAUUUGUCUCCCAUCAAGGUCAAAUUAUUGUUACAUGUUAAUAAAAUCUUACAGUGGUUUGAGCAAAAGAGCACUAUACAUUUUUAGUAACUAACCCAUGAGCAAAUGCUUCUGAUUUUUAUGUAGUUUUUCUAUGUCCCAUCGAUUAAUUCUUCUCAAUCCUAAUCCAUCUGCGUUUUCUAAAGAUGACACGCCUUUUAAUAAUUAUGGCACGGAGAUCUUCGAGUUUUGUGUUGACAUCUGUUGAAUAAAGCUUAUCCCCUUACUUGCAUAUAGUUUACCAGGUGCAAAUAUUAGCACUCGGUAUUUCAGCUCUGCCUACUUCUUACACCAGAUUUGCCCCCUAACUCUUAGACCCAUAAAUGUAGAAAACUGUAACUUAAGUCUCUAAUGAUCUUAAACUGUAGUCCUUUAAUCUCAUCCCUAAAACUCUUUAUAAUGUGAGAACAGAUAGUAAGACAACCAUAAGCACAAAGAAUGUAGAAGAGGAAAUCUUAUAAGAUUAAUAAAAUAGUACUGUUCUCUCAAAAUAUUAACUAUAAGUCUGAAUUUAAAAAUUCAAUCAAUUUGCCUUAACUCGCUAUUAUAUCUCGCUAUUUGUUCAACUUCCUUCCUCAUACAGUAGGAAAAAAGCCCCUGCUAUUUAGGGGGGAUAUCAAGAUUUAAAUUACCCCAAAAUUACAUUUAAAUAAAUAAUCCAGGAAGCUGUCUUUAAAAAUUUCUACAUACAUUCUUUUAAGAUUGCUUUUCUUUCAAAUGUAUACAAAUUACUUAAGCUUCCCAACAAACCAGGGCUG